AUGAAGGUCGACACACUAGCAUAUAGACUGUUGUUCAAUGCUAAAAAGCUGGUUGGCCUAGAUAGUGGUGUACAUCCGAUUGUAUGGUCAAGUAAGCGAAACUUAUUAUGAUGUAUUUAAGAGCCUUUUCUCAUAGUAUAUUAUCGAGUUUCACUUUAAAUUAUGUAAAUAAGCUUCUAGUGAUUGGUACUGGGAGCUGUUUUGGCAAAACGUCAAUUCAAUGUGGCCAAGAGGUUUAGGGGUUAGUCUGAGGUACAGAAGACGAUAAGUUCUAAUCCAGUCUAUGUCAUCUUGGCGUUUCGUCAUUAGUACAUGACAUUUCGGCUAACAAUAUUUUGAUUAAAAACAUAUUUUUGUCAUAAUUUUUGAUUGUAGCCACUUUUAAAAUAAAAUAUUCAACAAAAAAUAAUUAUUUCGGUUUUUUAUAGCUAUACUUUUUAAAAAUAUAAAAAUAUUGAGAGAACUGUAAUUCGCUAACCAAUGCUAGUUAGAAGGUUUUGAAAUUUUUUUAUUAACUUACUAUGAUCUUUCAUUUCUAUAUAGGUCUUGUUUUAAAGCCGAGGAAUAUUUGGUCUAAAUUCUUUGUCAGGACAGGUUGGAUUUAAAAAAAACUUUACUAAAAUUAAAAGUAGGAUCACUUUUUUUUAUUUUUGGGAAGGAGAAGACUUGUUUUACUUUACCUUUGUAUUUUUCCUAGACUUUCCGGAUUGGACGAAAACGAAAAAAAAAUUUGGGCGUACCGGACCAGCCGGACUGGACUUGAAAAAAUCGCUCGGACGGUCUAGGAAAGACACCGUUUUUAUAAUCUUCUCUUCUUGUAUGUUAUAUUUUACUAUUUCAGAACACCCACGAAAAGAAUACGAAUUUCCGGAUCAUUUAUUGCCAAAAUUAAAUCCACAACAACUUGAUAAUUUGUUAAAUUUUAAAAAGGAGUUAGAUGUAAGUCUACGUUUUUUUUCUACAAAAGUUGCUAAUGAGUCUAAAUUUAAAAAAAUUCAAUUUUAAAAAAUUAAAAAUUCAAAUUUAAUUAAAUUUAAAAUUUAUCUUCCAGGUACUGACAAGGAUAUACACCUACCUUCCAGCCGAACUAGAUGAUCAGUUUUGGCUACGGCUCACCAGAUGUGACACAAUGAAGGAUCGCUUCGAUGCGCUGAAGUUUCAACGGAAAAAGGAAUGGGAAAGGGCAAAGGACAAGAAAAGGAAACAAAACCUCAAAACGAAGGUCAUGCUACAAGAUCACGAAAGGUUAUCAGCGUACAAAAACUACUCGGAAACACCGUAUCUUGUUGAUGCUAACAAAAUUGGUGGGUUUUUUAGGUCUAAAGGUUGAAUUUUUGAAAAAAAUGGAGGAAGGUCGGGCGGGCACUUUUGGUCUGGGGACGGGGGUCGAAAAAAGCGGUACAGGUAGCUCAGGAGCUACUGAUUUUUUGCAAAAAUUUUUUUUCCGAAAAUCCACAGGGGGGACCACGUUCGUUUUUCGAAUUUUUUUCUGGAAAGGGCGCAGAAUUAAGUGAAUGACCUAAUAAAUUAAAGAGGGGUGCAGAAUUAAUUGAACGGCUCAAUAAAUAUAUUUGUUCCAGACCAACACGAAGCAGCAACCGAAGACCGUGCAAUGAUAAGAGCCUACGAACUCAAAGACAAACCAGCCAUAGCGGUCGAUUGCCGCUUUCUACAAGACCAUUCGGUUAGAGGGUUGUCUUUGACAUUCAAUCAACUUAAUUAUUUGUUAGGCUUAAAUAAAAAACGGCCGGAACCGUGGAGAAUGGACUUGGUCAAUUUCGACGAAUCGUUGGAGGUUCUACGUCAACAUAAGAAAAGGUGGUUAAUAUACGGGGGUUAAAGGGUUAAUAAUAUAUUUGUAGAUGAGGUAUGACAAGGUAAUGUUUGUAAAGUUAUGAUAGGGUAAGGUACGAUAGGUAUUGUAGGGUAGGGAUAGGUGGGGUAGGGUAAGGAAUAGUAAAGUAGAAUAGAGCAGAGGGUAGGGUAGGCAGAGUUAAGGUAUGAGAGGGGUCCAAGCGUAGAGGGAGUAGAAAGUCUAGAAUUGAUUGAUGACUACAACACAGAUAACGAUAACAAGACAAUAGAAGUUUUAAACGGUUACAAUAGAAAUUUUAUAGUAAAAACGUAUUAUAUCUAUAUGAUAUUAAAAAUAGUGAUACUUAAUUGUAUUUAUAGUAAAAACUUGCUUAACGCUGCCAUUUUGCCAUUUUCAGAUACCUACUUCAACACGUGAGUGAAAAACGGUUUUGUGGUCGUCUAACAAACGAAUCAUAUCUCGACCUCUAUGACAAAGAAAAAAUAAUAUAUCUCAGUCCACAUACUGACAAUGUGUUAUCAUCGGAAGAAGUGACAGACCCAGAAAACUGUUUUAUCAUCGGAGGAAUCGUAGAUCGUAUCCCAGAAAAGAAUAUCCAUUCAGAAGCGUCGGCAUUAGUGGCACAAAUCGAUGGAGUCAAGUUGAGGCGACUGCCAUUGGAGCUAAUGGAGUAGGUUUAGGGUUGAAUGGGGUGGGAGGUUUUGGUAGUUUAUGAGUUGUGUACAUGUAAUCAAGGAGUUAGCUACGGGGGGGGGGGGGGGUGGAUUUACACCCUUUUUCUGUACUGUAAUAUAUAUCAUUAAUAGUUCUAAACCUAAUAAUUUUUUGCCUUUUCAGAUGGAAAUCGGGUAGUCGGUUACUAACGUUCACCACCGUUCAGUCUAUACUUCAAACGGCUUUUGAAAAUGGUGGCGAUUUGAAAAAGGCAUUGGAGCUGUAAGUUCAUGUAUUUAUAUAUUAUUUUGAUUGCAUCUUUAAGAGUGAAUACGGAAAAUAAAUAAAUAUAUUAACAUACUGUAUUGUGCAGGGUAGGCUAGAGAAAUUCGGGCAGUAUUUGGUAGGAUUAAGAUGUGAAGGAUUCGUUAAGCUAGGGUAGUCUAGGGUUGGGCAGAGUAGGUUUAUUACGACAGGUUAGGGCAUCGUAGGUUUGAUCAGAACUAGGUAUGGCAGUAUGAGUUAGGGUAGGGUAUUGUAGGGUAGGUAGGGUAGGUUAGGGUAGGGUAGUGUAGGGUAGGGUAGGGUAGGGUACGGUAGGGUAGGGUAGGGUAGGGUAGGGUAGGGUAGGGUAGGGUACGGUAGGGUAGGGUAGGGUAGGGUAUGGUAGGGUAGGGUAGGGUAGGGUAGGGUAGGGUAGGGUAGGGUAGGGUAGGGUAGGGUAGGGUAGGGUAGGGUAGGGUAGGGUAGAGUAGGGUAAGGUAGGGUAGGGUAGUGUAGAGUAGGAUAUUGUAGAGUGAAACAGAUCACGUUACGGCAACUCAGCAGGGCAGAUAAAGGAUAGGAGAGACUAAAGUGAGGGGUGCUUAUCAAUUUUUUAUUUAUAACUUUAGCUGAAAACAUAAAACAUUGUUUCUAAUGUGUAAUAUUAUGCUAUGUCAGAACUCUAUCUUCUAUUUUCAGAGCAAUCCCAGUCCGGCACCUACGAAUACAAAGCGAAAAAUCGCCAGAAAUGAAGCUAAAAUACGAAAAUAUUCGUAAAUACGAAGGAGAAGUUUUAAAACUUGUAGCCGAACAUUUACAAAAAGAAUCGGAUUCAGAAGCCACGACUUCAAAGGUUCAGAAAUGGGCUUGGUUUUGA